AAAAGGGGUUAUGAAGAGUCUAGCAUAACUGAAAACAACUCAAUGACUACAACAACAACAAUGACAUCGAAUGACAAAAAGUGGAACAAUUCCUGCCCUCGAGUGAAUUGUAGUUGAAUUACCAAACUUCUCCAUUUUCUGGUGACCACAGUGACUUUGGAUAUUCGCACUCCCAAGACUAGGUUGGAAGUAUAGUGGACCCUCAUGGUCACCUGACCCCAAGACUGAUCAUCAUGGAAGCUUUAACCUGCUCUGUUUUCCCAGACUGGACUGGCUAACUCCUCCUUAAGCAGCCUGGAGGCCCUCUCCUCCCAAGGACUUGAGCUAUAAGGAAGGAUGUCUUUCAUAUUUGGGCAGCAUCUCAUCAAGCCUUCUGUGGUGUUUUUGAGGACGGAAUUGUCCUUUGCUCUCGUGAACAGGAAACCAGUGGUCCCAGGACUGAUGUACCUUAACACAGGCUCUGACACAGAUGUCCUGGUGUGUCCUCUGCGCCCCGUGGAGCGUUUCCGUGACCUGCAUCCCAAUGAAGUGGCAGAUUUGUUUCAGAUGGCCCAAAGGGUUGGAAAUGUGGUGGAGAAACACUUCCAGGGAACUUCUCUCACAUUUUCCUUACAGGAUGGGCCUGAAUCUGGACAGACUGUGAAGCAUGUUCACGUCCAUAUACUUCCCAGGAAGGCUAAUGAUUUCAGCAACAAUGACAGCAUCUAUGAUAAGCUUCAGAAGCACGAUAAGGUAGAAGAAGACUCCCAGCCACAUGGAGGUCAGAAGAUGAAAUGGCAGCAGAAGCGGCUGAGCUCCGGGCAUAUUUCCAAUAAAGAAGCUUCCAGACAAGAAGGCAUCUUGGACAAAUCUCAAGGCAAGAGAAAGUGGGUCUCCUCGUCCAGGAUGUCGUCACAUUAGCCUCGAAGCUGAGCAGGAUCGAUUAUCCCCUCCAAAGAAGGCAAUGCCUUCCUUGAUGUAACCCUUUAUCACCCAUGGGCCUGUUGUUAGAUGUAUGUUUCCAUCAGAAUGACUGACAGACCCUUUUUCACUACCAUGGCUUUACUCAUGCCCUUUGUCCCCUUGGCUUUGCAGUUUAGACUGGCAGCUGUCCUUGGUCCUGCCUGGAAAUGAAGCAUUUGUUAAAAUGUCUGUGAUGUGGUCUCUCUGUUAAAAAGCUCUUCUCCCUGUGCUACUUAUUACUGUCCAAAAGGUAACUAAAGAAGUCAAUCUCUCGAAGCUAUUGUACUGUCUGCAAAAGCAGAGCUUUGUAACAGGCUAGAUAACAUAAACCUGAAAAGAAGAGCACCAGUUUGGCCAGAUGAGAUAUGGGGACAGGAAAUGCAUAACCUUUCUUAAAAUCUCAUAUUCUUCUCUUGCUUCUAAUGGGGUGAUUCAGAACUCCAGGAUCUGAAGAAGGCAUAAUCAUACAAUAUGCUUGAGGAGAAUAAUGAAUGCAGAGGUAUUGGGGACAACAGGAAGUGAGGAAGGUGCCCUUACCCCCAUCUCACAAGCCACAUAUAACUUUCAUGACCUUUGAUUCUUGAGCACUCACUAUGCUUGCACCGUAGAUGAAAUGAUUAAUGGCAGAAUUCCUUAAGUGGGAAACACUGACUAUAGAGUCGGAGGACCUGAGUUCAGAUCCCCCUCUGACAUUUACACCCUUUGCUGACUGACUUACUAACCUUAGGAAAGCCUCAUAGCUUUUUCUGUAAAAUGAAAGGGUUUGACUAAAUGACCUUUGAGGCACCUUAUGAAUCUGAAUCUAGGAUUCAAUGAUUUCUUUCUCCAGUGUGUUCUAAGAGACCAGAGGGAAGGGUAGGAGAAAGAUAAAACAAAUAAAUAGCAUUACCAUAAUGAAACUGGAAAUGAACCCUGCCUUUAAAAAGAAUUCUCUCUGAAAUAACUCUGCUCUAUCUACCCUCUACCCCACGAACUGUGGUUUUAUAGCCUAGUAAGAUAAUUUAUUCAGUGUAGAAGAGGUAGCUUGGCAUAGAACUCUGUACUUGGAGUCGGGAGUCCUUGGGAAACAGACCCGAACUUGUUAUGUGAUCAUGGAUAAUGACUCAAAGUCCUCAGAGUAUUUGUUGGUGCCCACAUCUGUGCUAUGUGCAUAAUAAGCUGAAUACUGUCAACUUCAGAGGUAUAGAUAGAAAGCUAUAGAUAGAUAUACUUCAGAGAUGUACACACACACACACAUAAAA